AUGCAGGGCUUCAACAUGGGACGGUAUGUCCCCCCAGACCAAGAAGGUGUAAUGAGCGGCAACCAGCUCGCCAAAAAACAUCCCUUCGGUUCGCGCGCCCGCCACCUCCACACGACCGGUGCCCUGACCGUGCGCUUCGAGAUGCCCUUCGCCGUCUGGUGCACGACAUGCAAACCCCACGAGACGAUCAUCGGCCAAGGAGUGCGCUUUAAUGCCGAGAAGAAGAAGAUUGGGAACUACCACACCACCCCGAUUUACAGUUUCCGGAUGAGGCACCCCGCGUGCGGGGGGUGGAUUGAGAUUCGCACGGAUCCGAAGAAUACGGCGUAUGUGGUUGCAGAGGGGGGUAGGAAGAGGGAUACCGGAGAGGAUAAGAGGGUGGGUGGGGCUGGGGAGAUUGUGGUGAAGUUGCCUGGGGAGAAGGGGGACGAGGUUGUUGAUCCAUUUGCGCGGUUGGAGGGGAAGGUCGAAGAUAAGAAGGUGGUUGAUGAGGGGCGGACGAGGAUUUUGGCGUUGCAGGAGCGCCAGGCGAGGGAUUGGGUUGAUCCGUAUGAGAUGUCGAGGCGGCUGAGGAAGACGUUUCGGGCGGAGAGGAAGGUCUUGGAAAGUGCCGAGGCCAACAGGGAGGCGUUGAAGGAUAAGAUGAGCUUGGGAAUUGAGAUUGUUGAUGAGACAGAGGAAGAUCGUUUGCGGGCUGGUUUGGUCGACUUCGGUCCCGGCGGUGAUACUACUGCUGCACGCACCCGGCCGAUGUUUGAGUCUAGGGGUGUUUUAACGAAGAAGCCUCCUGGUGCAUCAGCUGGAAAGACCAAAGACGGGAAGCGGAAGAAGGCGGCGGACGUCGUCGAAGAACGCAAAGCGAUUUUUCGCAGCGAGUUAACUGGGAAUACUCGCGCCAUCGUUGAUCCUUUUCUUAGCCAUGAGGGAAGCCUGUGGCAGCCGGAGGUUAAACGCCGUAAAACUGCACCGAAUAAGGCGGAUACAAACAAGACAGACAACCAGAAUACAAGCAGUACGGCCAGUGAGGAUCAAGCAUCUUCUGCAUCGAACGAGCAUUCAACCGAAGUGACUGAAACUGCCAGCAAGACACCAGAACCGCCGACUGCUUUGGUGGCUUAUGCUUCGGAUUCAGAGUAG